UUCUGGUCACGUGACUGGCAGCAGUAUUUAUGGAGAUGGUCCGCGCUGGUAUAAAUGAACUCAAGGCGUGAAACGGAGUCUCUUUUAUUGAAGUGUCACUGCUGUUCUGAGGGAGUCCGAGCUACAAAGUGGCUUUGACAAAUAUCAAGCAUGGCAGAACAGGCAUUUGUCACUUUGGCUACGAACGAUAGCUAUGCAAGAGGAGCUCUGGUGCUCGGAAAAUCCCUUAGGAACUACAAGACAUCAAAAAAGCUGGUGGUGCUCAUUGGACCCCAUGUGUCCGAUCAGUCAAGGGCAGUGCUUCAUAAGAUCUAUGAUGAAGUCAGGCUGGUGGAUGUGCUGGACAGUGGGGACACGGCACAUUUGGCCAUGAUGAAGAGACCUGAUCUGGGUGUCACAUUCACCAAGCUGCACUGCUGGACUCUCACACACUACUCAAAAUGUGUGUUUAUGGAUGCAGACACACUGGUGGUUUCAAACAUAGAUGAGCUGUUCGACAGAGAGGAGUUGUCUGCAGCGCCAGACCCCGGCUGGCCUGAUUGUUUCAACUCUGGUGUGUUCGUGUUUCGCCCGUCCAUUGAAACCUACGGCAAACUUCUGCAGUACUGCACAGAGCAUGGCAGCUUUGAUGGAGGGGACCAAGGAGUUCUGAACGGCUUCUUCAGUGACUGGGCAACAGCUGACAUCACAAAACACCUUCCUUUCAUCUAUAACAUGAGCAGCAUAGCCAUCUACACAUACCUUCCUGCUUUUAAACAAUAUGGUGCAAAUGCAAAAGUCGUCCACUUCCUGGGACAGAUGAAGCCAUGGAGCUACACAUACAACCCCACGCAGAGGAGCGUGCGAGGGGACGUGCAGGCGUCUUCUCACCCCAGCUUCCUCCUGGAGUGGUGGGCGCUGUUCAGUGGUGAGGUCGUGCCCAUGCUGCUCAGAGAGUAUGGAGACCAGCCCUUCUACUCCGGCUGUGAGGAGGAUGUUUCCGAGAGUGAGCAGGUCCAGCCCCUCAUGUCCUCAGCGGAGCGCAAGCAGAGGUGGGAACAGGGCCAGGCCGACUACAUGGGAAUAGACUCUUUUGACAGCAUUCAGAAAAAGCUUGAUGCUUUCCUUAAAUAAAAAGCCACAAUUUUAAACACACUGAAAUUCAGCUAUGCAAGUGCGUCACAUUGUGGUACGCUAACUCAUCACACUCUUUGUCUUCUUUAUACAAGCAUUUAUUGCCAGUUGCCUGGACUUUACCUUUGAAUCUCUUGCAAAAUGUGAAUUCUAAUAUACUUAGCAAUUUUAUUGAUUUAUAAAGGGAGCUUUGGGCCACCGAAGUGUCAGCUUUCUCAAGCUCAAAGUUUCAAUAUUUGAAUGGUGUACUCACCAGUGUUGCCAACAAUUUUCAAUGGAAAGUAGUUAAAGCCUGCUCAAAAAGUUGUUAAAUGUCUCUAGAUACACCAACUGUCGGCACUUUACAUCUGUUUUCUCUCCUAAUCUGUGCUCACAUACACUGCGUCCAAAAUCAAAUACUUCUCUACUAUAUAGUAUGUGAAAAACAGUAUGCCAACAGAGUAGUAUAUCUGAAUCCAUAGUAUUAGGUAUAAAGUACAUGAAUGACCCACAACUUCCACAACUUCCGGUGUCAAGAGAAAUUGAGAAACAUUAAUUUGAAAUAUGUAAUUGAGAACUAUACUGGAAACAAAAAACAUACCUAAUAUAAUAUAAGCUAAGCUAGCAGGCUAAUCGGGUAGAUAUAUGCUAUGCUAGCACAUAAGCUAACUAAAAAAAGAGUAAGAAUGAGAAAUGCUUGAUUUCACAACCUAUAGCUUUAGUUAUAUACUAGAAAACAUGUAAUUUAAAAGAUGUUAAUGAUCAUUAUAACGCAUUUUAAACUAUAUUCAAACAUGAUUUUGCAGGAAUUAUAAUCAGGUGCUAAAAAUACUACCCAUUAAAAGUUUGCUGAACCAAUAGGAUCACUCGGGGUCCUAAAGGAGACCCGAUUCCUGGGGGAACUCGUUUUCUCACCACAUUGGCGAGAUUCUGAAGUAUGCAUUCGAUGGACACUUUAAUAUCCCAUGAGGCCACAGGAGAGGAUUUAUGAAUGGCAGUGAAGUGAUGCAACUGGCGUUGGUAGGUCACGUGACAGUAACAACAUGGCGGAUGUAGUACGUCCAAAUUUCAUUCAUAUUAUCCACAUUCAUGCUAUAUUUAGAUCGCUCAUGAAGUAAGUUCAAAUUCAAAUACCUACUCAGACAGUAUGUGAUUUCGGACACAGAGAUACUGUAUUUUAAUAUAAUAUGUAUAGCUGAAUGUCAAAGAAAGCUGUUCUCAUUUACAAAUUUUCUGUCAGACAACAGAACGAGUGAUACAGUGACUGACUACAUGUUAACCAGCAGUCCCAAAAAGUCGCUAAAGGGGUGUGAAAAGUCGCUAAUCUAGUGACAAAGUCUCAUAAUUAAUAGUUCAUCAAAUUCACAGUGAUGCAGAGAUACUGUAUUCAGCAUUAGUAUUCAUCUGACCAAUGAGGGGAUGUUCAUAACCCAGCUUUUAUAAGGCUACUGAUAUGACUGGAUUGUUCAUCUCAUGGUAGGGCACAUACUUUUAAACAUAAAGUAUUCAUUUUAUAUUUAGUGAAUAUAAUGCAUCUUCAACUUGAUGCACAUCUUGAUGCCAAUCUCAGCACGUAAAUAAACCAUGGUCCCAUAUGUAAUUCUCUUUUAAUAAAGAUAAAAACUUUUCUUUUUCUCUA